AUGACGGACGUACGGCCAGAGCAAAAACAUGACCCGAGUCAUGAUCUCAGUGGAAACAACUCAGAAAAGGACGAUGAAACAACACGCAGCCCUAGCCCUGUUGGCGAGCAGAACGAGAAGGCUCCUGUCGAUGCUCAAGGCCGAAGAGAACUGAAAGAGACUGAUGCCCCCGAGAUUCUGGCAUAUGCCUGGCCGACAUGGAAGAAGUGGAUGUACUUGUCUGGCGUUGCAGCCAUCCAGAUUUCCAUGAACUACAACACUUCAGUCUUUCCUAGUGCCGUGACACCUCUGUCAGAGGCCUUCGGUAUUGGUGCACAAGAAGCAAGAACUGGUCAGAUGAUCUACCUGAUCCUGUACUCGUUCGGUUGCGAGCUGUGGGCGCCCUGGUCUGAGGAGUUCGGUCGUUGGCCCAUCCUCCAGCUUUCCAUGUUCCUUAUCAACAUCUGGCAAAUUCCUUGCGCCUUGGCUCCUAACUGGGGAACGAUCCUGGUUUGCCGUGCUUUGGUAAGCAUACUUGUUCGAGAUACGAACUAUCCAAAUGCUGACUUGGAGAUAGNNGGUGGUCUCUCUACUGCUGGCGGUAGUGUCACUCUUGGUCUUAUUGCCGAUUUGUAUCAGCCUGAGGAGCAACAGUACCCUCUGGCUUUCAUUGUCUUGUCCUCUUGUAUCGGUACCAGUAUCGGAGGUGUCAUUGGCGGACCUAUUCAGCGCUUCCUCGAGUGGCAAUGGUUCUUCUGGAUUAUGCUCAUCUUUGGUGGUGUCGUCCAAGCCGUCCAUUUCUUCAUGCCCGAAAGUCGUUCGACUAUUCUCCUCGACAGAGAAGCCAAGCGUCGUCGUAAGACUGGCGAGGAUCCCAACAUCUACGGUCCCAAUGAACUCAAGUCGCCGCGUAUCUCGCUCAAGGAAGCCGGCAAGGUCUGGAUUCGUCCCUUCGAGAUGUUUCUCCGCGAACCUAUCGUACUUUGCCUGUCUCUUCUUUCCGGUUUCUCUGAUGCUCUCAUCUUCACUUUCCUCGAAUCCUUCCCGGAAGUGUACACCAAGUGGGGAUUCGGAAUUCUUGCACAGGCUUGGGCUUUCAUCCCCAUCAACCUUGCCUACUUCCUCGCCUAUCUCAUGUACCUCCCAUGCUUCAUGCGUGACAACCAGAUUCGCAGGAGGAAGGGUCCUGAUUGCUUCAUGCCAGAGCGUCGUCUCAAGGUGCUGCUAUGGCUCGCUCCUUUGGAACCCAUUGGCCUGAUAGGCUUCGCCUGGUGUUCCCUUGGCCCUGCCUACAACGUCCACUGGAUUGCUCCCAUGAUCUUCUCCACCCUCGUCGGAAUUGCAAACUAUGCCAUCUACUUUUCAUCGGUUGACUACAUGAUCGCCGCAUACGGUGUUUACUCCGCCUCGGCCUGUGGUGGUAACGCCUUUGCUCGUGACUUCUUGGCUGGUGUCUCGGCCAUGUACGCCACUCCUCUUUAUACAAACAUUGGCGGACAUCCUACAGAAUACGCCAGUACUAUUCUCGCUGGAGCAUCGGUUUUGGUCGUGAUACCAAUCUACGUCUUCUACUGGAAGGGACCCGUCAUUCGUGACAGAUCGAAGUUCGCAAAGACCCUGGCAGAGGACCGCAAGAAGGAGGGAGUACGUCGUCUCAGUUAUGCCGACAACUUGCCUGCUUAA